AUGGCUCAACUCUCAGAAGAUUCGAGACUCUUUAAAGGAGUUAUUCUUGAAUCCUUCGAGGAAAACGGAUAUAUAUCCACCCAUCCACCUCAAUCUCCAAUUUUUGAAAAAACAAAAAAAUUAAUUUCUGAUAACCCAAUGGCCGUAGCUGGUGCAUUGACUGUGAGCGGCCUUGUAUUAGGUCCAAUUGCAUUUGUUGGUGCGGUAGGCGCGAUUGGAUUCGGCUCAGGUGGUAUAGCAGCUGGAUCAAUUGCAGCAUGGAUGAUGUCAUUGAGUGGCGGUGCUACCGCUGCGGGUAGUCUCGUAGCUAUUCUGCAAUCAGUUGGCGCGGCUGGAUUAGGAAUUACUGGAACCCUCAUAUCGAGUACUACGGGUGCCACGCUUUUGGGUAAAUUGUCCCCAUUGAUAACGAAAAAAUUGGAUGAAAAUCCAGAGAAGCUAGCUCAACUAGAUAAUUUUGUUAAGAUAUAUGACGAAGGUGGAGAAAAUGACGAACCUACUGUGGUUUUCGAAAUACGUAACAAGCUUCUUACGAAUGAUAAUGCGCUUGACGAAUUUUUUAAAAUGUUUUCUUUAGUUUUACCUCUAACUCAGAUAAAACGGUUCAAAUUUCUUGUAGAAGCGUGCUCUAUUGAAAAUUUCAACAUUUUGAAUAAUAUAUUUGUAACAAGUUAUGGAGAAGAAUGUGUUGAACAAAGGCACCAAAUUAUUAUGCUAAAUUUGAGUGAAUUGCCAUAG